AUGGCAGAACUCGUCAUGGACCAACAUUACGCCUUGGAGAUACAAACGGAGAUGAUGGAGCUUCUGAGGUUAGCCUCCUUCGACACAGCGAUGAGGGGCCGAACAAGAUCUGACGUUAGAGAGAGGAUGGAGGACUUAAGCGAUGAGGACGACAAAGAGCAUAGAGUAUGGACCCCACUGAUAACUAUAUCUGGAUCAAAAAGCCAAGAGAGACAUUGUAACAGGGUUCAAAACCAAAUUAAUACGCAUGGUCAUUCGUGA